AUGAUGACAUGUACAGUAGGUCAAUUAAAGAAGUUCGGGCGGAUAGGGUCGUUCAGCUAUAUUUUCCGGUCACCGCGACUCGGGUUUUACAGCUGUCAUCUUCAAGGCUGCCGUCUGUUUUCUCACAGACACGGUCCUCCAGAACACGGUCGCGACCCGCGCUUAGAAGACCUGGGACAGGUGAUUGAAGAUGAAUAUGCAGUAAUUCGGGAGAAAUACACCUCCCCUAAGCACCCUAUUGUCCUCGCUCACGGUCUCUUGGGAUUCGACGAAUUGCGCCCUGCCGGUCCCUAUUUCCCUGCGGUCCAAUACUGGCGCGGUAUACGAGAGGCGCUUAAAGUAAAAGGGAUUGACGUCGUCACGGCCUCGGUGCCUCCCUCUGGAACCAUUCAACAACGAGCAAAGGAAUUGGAGAGGUGUAUUACCACCGGUGCUUGUGGGAAGAAUGUGAAUAUAAUUGCUCAUAGCAUGGGAGGACUUGACGCUCGAUAUAUGAUCAGCCGUCUACGGCCAACGGGAUUCAAGGUCUUGUCGCUCACUACGAUUGCGACUCCGCAUCGAGGCUCUGCCAUCGCGGAUUAUGUUUUGGACCAUAUUGGAGAUGAGCGUCUUCCUCAGGUUUACUACUUUCUCAACCGGAUCAACAUUGAAACUGGAGCUUUUGCACAAUUGACACAAAAGUACAUGGUGGGACAAUUUAAUCCCCAAAUCCCCGACGUUGAGGAUGUCCGCUACUUUUCAUACGGGGCAGUCGUACAACCGGGAAUGUGGUCGCUCUUCCGUCUAUCUCAACGGAUUCUCCAACAUAUAGAAGGUCCAAACGAUGGACUUGUCAGUGUCGCCAGCAGUAAAUGGGGGACGUACGAGGGUACCCUCCUGGGUGUAAGCCACUUGGACCUUAUCAACUGGACAAACCGACUGAAGUGGCUGGCUGGAGAGCUCACCGGCAACAAACAAAAAUUCAAUGCCAUAGCAUUCUAUCUGGACAUUGCAGAUACGCUGGCCAAGGAAGGUCUCUGA